AUGUCUGCACAGCAGAACUCCUCCGCGAUGGAUACCAAGCCUGACCAAUCCACACCUAGCAUCGACCCCGCCGCAGCACAGCAGAAACUGACUCUUGCUGGUGCUCUUGAGGAGGACGAUGAGUUUGAGGAGUUUGAUGACAAGGAGGACGUCACUCUGUGGGACGACAACUGGGAUGACGAUGAUCUCGAGGAUGACUUUUCAAAGCAGCUCCGUGUUGAACUCGAGCGCGCAUCAAACCCCGAACCCAUGUCUAUUUCGUCAUAA